GGCCUCGCGGCGGCCAUCUUGGGCAUGGGAAACGAGGCGAGCGCCGAGCUGCCGCCGGGCCGGGCGGCAGCCGCGGCGGGGCCCCGAGGAGGCCCCGCCGCGCCGCCCGACCUCGACCUGAGCAGCCUGUCCGAGGCCGAGCGGGCCAAGAUACUGUCGGUGAUGGCCCGCGCCCAGGACCUGGAGGAGCCGGCGCCGCCGCCGCAGCCACCGCAGCGGGAGCGAUGUCCUCUGUGCGGUGGCUCGGACCUGGAGCUCUCUGGCCGGUGCGUGGACUGCGGCCGCGCGGCGUGCGCGCGCUGCGGCUCGGCGUUGCCCCAGCCCGACGGCAAGAGGCCGUGGGUGUGCAUGGAGUGCCAGUCCAAGUUCCGCCAGUCGCAAGAGGCUCGACGCCAGGACGGCUUCCGGCAGCCGGCCCCGAUGUCCAAGGCGCCGCCUCUGGCAGCCAUGCAACAACAGCAGCAGAUGCAGCGCGCCGCCGGCGCGAUGCAGCAGCAGCAGCAGUAUCCGGCGGCCGCCUCGCAGCAGCCCACGCAGCAGCGUGCCACAUUCGGCGUGCAGCGUGCCGGGCCCGUGCAGCAGUCCGCUGCCGUGCAGCAGAAUCAUCAGCAUCAACAGUACCAGCAACCACAGCAGCAAUACCAACAGCAGUACCAACAGCAGCCGCAGUACCAGCAGCAGCAGCAGUUCACCACUGCAGCACCUAUGCAACCUGCCGCUACGCAACCUGCCGCCACGCAGCAGCCUGCCGGAACGCAACCGGUGGCUACGCAGCCUGCCGUGCAGCAGUUUACAACGCCGCAGCUUACCGCGUCGCAGUAUGGCGCGACGACGACGCAGUUUGGAACGCCCACGCAGCAGCCCACUUCUGCCGCGGCGCAGCGUGCCACAAUGCCGCACGCCGAACAGCAGCCUCCUUCUUCUCCCGCGCAACAACGUGCCUCUUUGCAGUCAUCUGCCAUGCAGCAGCGUCAAACCGUGCAGCCUGCUACCAUGGCUCAGCAGCAGCAAUCUCAGCAACAGCAACAGCAGCAGCAACACCAACUGCAGCAGCAGCAACACCAAAUGCAGCAAAUGCAACAACAGAUGCAGCAACAGAUGCAACAGCAGCAACAGCUGCAACAGCAGCGAGCUGCGGCGCAGCUUGCCGACGCCCAGUCUGCAGCAUCUGCGCAGCAGCAGGGACCUGUGUCAUCAACGGCCACGACCCAGGCAGAGCAGCAGGCGGCGUCGACCGCGGAGGACGAGCAGGAGGCCGAGCGGCGGCGGAUACAGCGCGAGCAGAUCGAGCAGCACAAACGAGAACAAGAAGAGCAGCGCCAGGCCGAGCUCAGCCAAGCGGAGCAAGAGCGUCGGCUUGAGCGUAUGCAACAAGAGCAGCAGCGAAGGCUGCAGGCGCUCGCCUCACGGCCGCCGCCUCAGCCGUUGCCUUCGCAGCAGGCCGAAGAGGAAGAGAGCGACGAGGAGGAGUUGCCCGCGGUCGCCGCGUCCAGUCACGAAGCGCACUUAGAGACUCUAGAGGCGGAGGCUGUCGCCGAGGACAAGUUGGCUAACAGCGGAGGUGGGGGCAUCCCGCGCACGGUGCCGCUGCCAGGUCGCGCCGACUGGUCGCCGGUGAGCGAUCUGUCACCCAUCCUGGACGUGUCGCCUUCGUUGGAGGCAGCCGAGCAGGAGCUGAUGGAGCAGUUCCACGAGGAGCGCCGUAUGCCGCGUGCAACGAGCGGCACGAUCUCGGGUAUGCUGGCCGACUUCAACAAGGCGCUGAGCCUGGCAUCGCCGCCGCGCACUCCGCGUCGCCAGCUGCCCGAGCCGUCUCCACCCGUGCCUGCGCCACGGUGCUUGUCGGCAGCCCCGCCGGCGUGCAGUCCGUCGGUGACGCCCGAGCCGGCCGAGUCACCCGCCAGCAGCGAGCCGGACGCCAAGGUGCGCCGGCGGUUGCCGCCGCUGCCACGCGACCAGGAGCCCGUGCCUGCGCGUCGCGCCAAGGACCGCGCGCGCGUGCUGUCGGCACCAGAGCGGCCCAACAGGCCUCAACCACCUCCUCGGGCGUGCUCUGUGGACGGCGGUUUGGCCGCAUCCUCCGGCGCAGUCAGCGGCAUCAGCAGCAUCGGUAGUGUGAUUGGCACGGUCGGCUUGUCAAACACCAUCAGCACGUCCAGCACAGCCGGCACCGUCGGAACCCUCGGCACUCUAGGAAACCUCGGGACCUUGGGUUCCAUCGGCAGCGUUGGCUCCAUCGGCGCGCUGGGCUCGACGGGACCGAUCAGCACUGUGGGCACAAUGGGGACUGUAGGCACUAUGGGAACAACGGGCACAAUGGGUUCGGUGGGCACGAUGGGGUCUGUUGGCACGAUGGGCAACGUCGGCACAGUGGGUACAGUAGGCAGCCGUCUUCCCUCGUACAUGAACUCGCUCAAGCAGCAGCUACGCGAGGAGCUGCGCAGCGUGACCGACGAGCGGCGGCGCCUGCUGGAGCUGCGCGAUCGAGACAUGCGUUCCGAGGGCGACCUGGCCGCUCUGCUCGGCUGGUCGGGACGUCGCCGGACCGCCGACCAGUCCUGGACCACCGCCCCGGAACCGCGACGAUCCGCCGCUGCCGGGUCCGACCCAUGGCGGACGCGGCGGCGGGGUGACAAGAGCCGCAAGCCGCGCUCCUGGCAUCCGUCGCCGUACGGUUCCGAGGACGAAGAGGACAGCUGCGAGCAGCGCAAGGCGUCCAUUAAGGCCGAGAUUGCCAAGCGAAGACAGCAGAUCGAGGAGAAUGCCCGACUGCACGCCGAGCUCUAUAAGCUGGCGCGGUUGCGCCAAGGAGACAGCGGAGUGUCGCCCGAGCUGAGCGUCGUGAGCAACGCGACCAGCACGGGCGGCAGCGUGCUCGAGGCCAUCGACCAGGUGCUGCGCCAGGAGAGGCGCCGCUGGCCCCCCGCCACCGGUCCCAUGGCCAACGACUCGAUGGGGCUCAUGCACCCGGCCGGCGGGGGCCUGGGCGUCGGCGGGGGCCUGAUGCACUGCGGCACCAGUGCCGAGGACCGCAGCAUGGCGCUCAUUGCGUCCACUUUCCCGGACUCUCCCAUCUCGUCCGAGGAAGAGGAGGACGAAGAGCCGCCCGCCAUGCCGCUGCUGCCGGACAUGCCCCGCCGGAGGCGCCUGCACCACAUGAUGCCUCAGGAGCCCGAGCCCGAUGACCUGGUGGUGGGCAGCCGGGCCGGCGCCCGGCGCGUGCUGCUGACGCGCGACCCUCGGCGUGGAGGCCUGGGCGUUCGCGUGGUGGGCGGCAAGCGCAUGAGCAACGGCCAGCUGGGAGCGUACGUGGCCCGCGUCAGCCGGCCCGACACGCUGGGACAGCUGAGUGAGGGUGACCGCGUGCUCGAGUGGAACGGCGUACCCCUGACGGGAAAGACGUACGAGCAGGUGCAGCGCAUCAUGGACACGCACACCACGGGAGACGAGGUCGAGCUGCUCGUGCAGAGUGACUGGGACUCCUUCGACAGCCCUGUACCCACACAACGACGACGCCAGCACGGCAGGAGAACGCGGUUCGAGUGGAGCCCACCCAACGAAUGGCCGCAGUCGACAGCGGAGAUGCUGCAAGCGCCACCGCCGUCAUCGCUACGCCAAUACCGGGCAUCAUCGGCGUCUGUGGCACAGCAUCAGCAGCUACAGCCGCGGCGGCGGCGUGGUCCGGAUCCGUUGGCGGGCCGGAGGAAAGUGCAAGUGCCUUGAGACCCCACGGAGGGUCCCCAUUUCUUCUUCCAGAGGCGCAUGCAGAUGGCGCCAGUUGGGGGGAAUGUCUAGCAAGCACGAAGUUGAGAGGGAGGAGCAGAAGAUAUGAUACAUACACAAGUGAUCACAAGAAGGAAUAAAA